AUGGCGGCGCCCGCGGAACACGUUGAAACUGGAUCCACGGAGACAGAAACGGACAAAACAGAAGCUGCCAGAGAAACAGAAUCCUCAGACUCUGAGCCCGCAUCCCAGGACCCGGACCCGGGCUCCGAUGAGGACGAGGACGGAGGCGAGCCGCCCGUCCCGAAGAUUCGGGACACCCCGGAGGACAUCCGCCUGGAGGCGAUCGCCAACACGGUGGCGCUUCACCCGAGCCGCGACAUGCUGGUGUGCGGGGACGUGGAUGGGGACGUGUACGCCUACUCGUACUCGUGCACGGAGGGGGAGAACCGGGAGCUGUGGUCGUCGGGACAUCACAUGAAGUCCUGCCGCCAGGUUCGCUUCAGCGCGGACGGACUCAAGCUGUACAGCGUGUCCCGGGACAAGGCCGUGCACCUGAUGGACGUGGAGCGGGGGCAGCUGGUGUCCAGGAUCCGAGGGGCCCACGGUUCUCCCAUCAACAGUCUGCUGCUGGUGGACGAAAACAUCCUGGCGACCGGAGACGACGGAGGAACCCUGAAGGUGUGGGACAUGAGGCAAGGGAUGGCGAUCAUGGAUCUGAAACAUCACGAGGAUUACAUCAGUGACAUCGCUGUGGACCAGGCCAAGAGGAUCCUUCUCACCGCCAGUGGUGACGGUACCAUGGGCGUCUUCAACAUCAAGAGGCGACGCUUUGAAUUGCUGUCGGAGUAUCAGAGCGGCGAUCUGACCUCGGUGGUCCUGAUGAAGCGGGGGAAGAAGGUGGCUUGCGGCUCCAGCGAGGGGACCAUCUACAUCUUCAACUGGAACGGCUUCGGGGCCACCAGCGACCGCUUCGCUCUCAAGGCCGAGUCGGUGGACUGCAUCGUCCCCAUCACCGACAACAUCAUGUGCACCGCCUCCAUGGAUGGGUACAUCCGCGCCAUCAACCUGCUUCCUAACCGGGUCAUCGGCUGCAUCGGGCAGCACAUCGGGGAACCCAUUGAAGAACUUGCCAAGUCCCAGGACUCCCGCUUCCUGGUCAGCAGCGGUCACGACCAGCUCAUCAAGUUCUGGGACAUUUCCAGUUUACCCAACACGACAGUCAAAGAAUACCGCAAGAGGAAGAAGAAAGACGGACGAAUGAAGUCUCUCACUAAGAAAGCCCACGGGGACAACGACUUCUUCUCAGGACUUGUAGAGGAAACAGAGAAGAAGGAGGAAGAAGAGGAGGAUGAUAGCGAUAGUGACAGUGGCAGCGAUUAAAAGGCUCCAUUAGUUUGUCAUGAAUGUGCCUUUGGACAGGUGUCUGCUGUUUGGUUCCAGGCUGGCAUCCAAAGUGUCUCACAAUGUCUCAACCAUGAACUUCAUCGUGGACGUUUCAUUGUGACAAACCUUAGUAGGUUCUGAACUUCAAGUCCCAGAAGUCUCAGUGAAAGGUCUUUAAAAAGGACUUUGAAACAAACCAUCUGUGUUUGUGAAUGGAAACCUGAGGUUAAAAACUCAAAUGUGGUGUGAUGAACAAAUGAUCAGAUUAGUCAUCUAAAGGCUGGGUGUCAAACCUCCGUGGGUUGUUGAUUCAGACCACAGACUGUAAAUAAAGAUGGAGGUCGGAUCUCCAAAAUGUGAAGCCAAAGCAUCCUCCUUGUUUCUGGCAGCAAUAUGGGGCAUAAACCCUGCGACAAGCCCAAUAAAACUUUCUCAUAAAUUGU